UUCAACCCCACUCGCUGGCUCUCUCCUCUCCUCCCCCCCUCCCCUGAGACCCUUCAUUCCCUCUCUCUGCCUCCCUUUCUCCCUGCCCACUAACCAUGUCAGGCCAGGCCACCACUCAGCAGCUUGUCAACCAGAUGCGCCAGGACCUGCAGAUCCUGUCCAAGCGCAUCCAGGAGCUUGAGGGCGAGCUCGACGAGUAUUCCCUCACCAUCGCCACCCUCGAGUCCAUGGAUGGCGAGCGCCUGUGCUUCCGCCAGAUGGGCGAUGCCCUGAUCGAGCGCAAGGUCGGUGAUGUUCUGCCCGAGCUGCAGAAGGUCCGCGAGGGUCUUGUCCAGCUGAUCCGCAAGAUGCAGAUGGACUACCAGACCAAGGAGGAGGAGAUCUCCAAGUUCGCCGAGAAGAAGUAAGCUCCCUCUGGUCCGGCUUCCUCCUCGUCCUACUUCGUUUCCCCGCAGGAGCGAAGUCCGUCCCUUCUGUUCCCCCCCCCCCUCUCUCCCUCUCUCGCCCCGGCAGGCACACACCCGUCCAUGCGCACAUCGGCACAUGCCUCUCCCUACUGCUGUCGCCUCAGUCACAUACACACACACACACACACA